CCAAAUCCGUCCCGGCCUCCUUCCUGCUUCCCAGCCGCCAGUACCGGUUGCUGCCUCUCACCCAAGACACAAGGAUCGAUAGCUGCUUCAUCAUCUCGCUACUCCAGCGACGAGUUCCCAGUUCACGAGGUCAAUUUUCCUCACUGGAAAGGAAGGACACUCACGAGCCAGAACAUUUGUCAUAAAUCGUAAUAAAAGGACAUGCGAUUAAGGAAUGCAGACCGGGCGGCACGUAACUCAGAUCGUCGCAAUAAUGUUGUUUCAUGGAUCUCUGAGAUUAAAGACACAUCUAGUGUGGCUGUAAGGAAGAAAAGGGGGAGAAGAGCACCUCCGUCUGCUAAAAGAUUGCGUGAUAAAAAGGUGGAUACGGAGAUUGAUAGUGAUGAUGCUGUUGACAAUGAAAUUGGUGAUACAGAUGAAGGACAGGUUGGUAAAAGUCAGUCUGUUGUGCACAAUGAGGAGAAUUUGGAUGGGAGUGAUGGCUUACAAAAAAUAGGCCAGUCAGGUAAUUCUUCUGGUGGUCCAUCCUCAGCUUCGGAAGAACAAGACCAUUCAACAAACUCUAAAGAUAUCCUCCAAAAAGGUAGCUCUGGAACCACAAAGAAGGUUUCUGCAUGCUCACCGAGAAGCAAACAAGUUGCAUCUCAUUUGGAUCAGGAAGGUGCAGAUGAAGAUGAUUCUCAUGCGCAAGCUGCUGUUGCGAAAAAGGGUGUUGAUGACAAAAGAGGGUCUCAUGAAAUCAAGGAUGAUCAGGUAUCUGAUGCACAAGUGAAUACCACAUCCUCUGAUGAUAAAAGUUCUGAAGAAGUUGAAGAUGUGAAGGUGUGCGACAUAUGUGGAGAUGUUGGUGAGGAGGAGAAGCUUGCUGUCUGUAGCAGAUGCAAUGACGGUGCAGAGCAUACGUAUUGUAUGCGGGUAAUGAUGGAAGAUGUUCCAGAGAGUGAGUGGUUGUGUGAAGACUGCCAAACUGCGGUAGAAUCUGAAAAGGUGAAGAAACUAGAAAAAUCUCAGGUGAAGGUUGGCACAUCAAAAGGGCAGUCAUUUGAAAGGGAAAUGAACAAACCUGCCAUUGCUGCGAAGAGCAGAAGUUCCUCUGACAAUGAACUGGAGGCUGAGAAUGCAGGCAACAAAGAGCCAGAGAAGAAGGGGAAUGAUAUGGUCAAAAAAAGGAUGGAAGAUGAUGCUGCGAUUACAUCCACAAUUCGGGACACUAUUUCUGAAACUGGUGGUGCUUACAUGGGGCCUGACUCCAGAAAAAGAAUGCUAUCAUCACGCGAGAGCUCAUUUGGGUAUGAUGCUGACAAAGGAAAGCAACCUAGUCAAGUGGGAACUUCGUUGGCGUCUAAUGCUCCAAAGAAUCAGGCACCACAACCUCGUGGUCAACUUACCAAAUCCACUUCUUUCAACAACUCAAAGGUUCCCAAAGUGAAACAGCUACUGAAUGAAGUUCCUCAGAAGCCCAAAAGUUUCAAGGAAUCGUGGUCUUCGACCAUUAAAAAGGAAGGGCCAAUCAGCAUGACAACUAAGUCUGCAACCUUCAAAAAGCCUAAACCUUGUGAGCCAGCAAACAAGGCAAAGUCUUCCAUCUUGUCACCUGCUGAGGAGCCAAGGUCGGUGAAUCAGCUGGUGAGCCAAAAUGCUACAAAUGAUCAAUGCUCUUCUAUAUUGGGGACUCCCUCCACUACUGCGCAAAUGAUUGCUCCUGUUAUUUCAAAAACUGAUACCACAGCUCAGCCCUUUGCUACAGGAAAUAACACGGCUGACUCAAAUAAUUUAGGCACUGCUCAUUUACAGGGUGGUAAAAGUUGCAUUGGAAACAGUGAACUAAAGAAGCCACUUUUAGCAAAAGUGCCUGGAAGUACGAUGCCACCUAAUCCUGAAAGAUCCUUGGGUGGUAUUCUUGGUCCUGGUGCUCAGAGAAAAGUAAUUCAAAACUCAGAUCCUUCACAUCGGGAUGCUAAAAUAAAGGACUCCACUGGCCUCAGACAGGGUGCUUCUAGCAGUAAUCGCACAAUCCGUUGCCAAAGAUGUAAUGAAGCAGGUCAUUCUACACAAUUUUGUGCCGUUGACAAACUUCGUGUUUCUGCAGUAAAACCUUUAAGUGAGCGAAACAUGAAGGAUGCGUCUGCCAAAAGAAAUAGAACUUCCGAAACUAGUACUUCAGAGGCUGCUGAAAAAGCUGCCUCCAGAUCAGGAAAUCAAUCAGAGCAAAUCAUAAAAUGUGGUACUUAUCAGAAUCCUACAUAUGGGCCUAAAGAUGUUUUACCUGCCUCAUUCGGCCAUGUGAAAAAGCCCUCCCCGUUGUCAGCUCGAUCUAAUGAACAGGAUAUGAGAUAUAUUUUGUCCAACCCUGGGAGCACAGCUUCAGUAGAUUAUAACAAGCUGAAGUUCAAAGAUGAUCAUCCCACUUUAUCUGCCACCACAGGAAUCCCUGUUGAUAAUAGUUGCACUAUGCCAAGUGAUCGAAGGGAUGAAUCUGCUCAAGCCUUUUCAGCUGGUGAUGAACCAAUGGCUUCAACUGUCCCAGAGCUGGACUGGAUAUGGCAAGGUGGUUUUGAGCUGCGGAGGACUGGAAGAUCACCUGAGCUAUGUGAUGGUUUCCAAGCCCACUUAUCAUGUUCUGCUUCACAGUUAGUGCUGGAAGUAGCGAAGAAAUUCCCUUCUAAAGUCCAGCUUGAGGAAGUUCCUCGGCAGAAUUCAUGGCCAACACAAUUUCAGGAAAAUGGUCCAACAUAUGAAAAUGUUGGUCUUUUCUUCUUUGCUAGAGAUAUUCAGAGCUAUGAAAAUCACUAUAGUAAAUUAGUUGAAAAUAUGCUGAAGAAUGAUUUAGUUCUCAGAGGAAGUGUUGAUGCUGUUGAGUUGCUUAUAUUCCCUUCUAAUACCCUGUCAAAGAACUUCCAAAGGUGGAAUAUGUUCUAUUUUCUAUGGGGGGUAUUCAGAGUUAGCAGAAAAGAUUGCUCAAACCUUUCAUCUGAUGUACCGACAAGUAGGCUGGAACCUAAUUUUAUUGAGGAUCCCCGGGGUGUGGAUCCCAGUACCUCUGUUUUGUCAUCUAGUCUUUCAUUCUCAAAAGACAGGAAUAGUUUUGCUGAACAGGACAGUGGUUUGGUAAAGUCAGCUAAUUUUCUACCGAGUUUAGAAUCCAAUCAUGAGGUGUGUUUGAAUGGAGAGAACUCUAUACAUCAGCCUGUGAAUGGAAGAGCUCUAGAUGAUCAUCUAGAUUCAACAAAUAGCAAGGGUGCUAUGGGUCCCUCUGCCAUGGCUACAGAAUUAAAACACAAGAAAUCUGAUGUUAAAACAUUGGACACUUUUGGUGGCAAUGUUAGUGAAAGAGAUUUUGAUGUGAACACGGAGGCUGUUGCUUGUUCUGUCUCCUCAACCCAUCAGGAAGAAUCUGGCAAGGAGAGCACAAUCAUCAACCUUAACGAUGCAGAGGACCUCAUGGAUAUAGAACCUGUAAACACCGGUGAGAUUAGCACAGAAGCACUAGAUCCACAUGCAUCAGGUGGUGCACGCAAAAGAAAUUUUGAGAUGGCCAAUGGAGCUGCUGAAGUUGAUGGAGUACUCGAGCAUAAGAAAAUCAAAUUGGAUACUGUAGUGUCUACAAACUCUGAGUUAAGUGAGAAUACCAACAAUGGAAGGUUAUCAUCUAAGGUGCAUCCCCUCGCUGCUUUCUCUGUGGAUGACGGCACUAGCAAUAAAUCGAUGGCAGGACCCUCCAGCAGUGAUAGAAAGUGCGUAUUUCCUCUAGAUCUAAAUGCAGUGGAUAAUGCAGUGUCUGAGAACAUUGUAAAUAUUCCAUCUUCAGAUGAUGAAGAGUCCCUGGAACCUGUUCCAUCAAAGGUUGGAGAGAAGCAGGCCAGGGGAGAUAACCCGUCAACUGAUAUAGCAGGUGCCCUCUCCCUCACGCUUGCAUUUCCGUCAAGGAAGGGACAAACUAGUAAACCGCAAUCGGAGCCACAGAGACAGUUUCCUGAGAGGAGCAAUGGGAAUAAUACAUCAUCCAUUUGAACAUUGAUGGUGAGCUACCCAAGCAGUCUUGCUCUUUGAAGCCACCCAUAACAUCCUAAUCCCAAAACAGAUGCACUUGCAAUGAUGCCUCGUUGGAAGUGCCUUUUAGCUGAUAACCUCGUAUACUUGGUGUCACAUCCAUCUGGACUUUGUUGCAAUGAGCUCCAAUGCUCUGACUGUGGGUCGAUUCAGUGCAGAAAGAGUGAGCUGGUCUUUCAGAAUUUAGAUUGGAUUGGAGCAUCAAAUGAGAAGUGUCAUGUUUUAGAAGAUAUGCAUUGUAAAUCUCAUGUCCAUUUUUGCCCUUAGCCUUUAGUGGUCCGAUAGUUGGAUGUUACCAAGCGCUCGAAAAAUGCUGGUGUUCGACUGUUCGCAAAACGUUCGUUUUUGUUCAUUGUUUCUUUUUAGUCCAUGAAUUUGCUGUGGUUGCUGCCCGAACAGCAUUGCACUGGUAUUAGGCAAAUAACUCGUCACUAUCUUAUAUAUGUAGUUAAAACAAGAAACUUGUAGAAUCAAAUCUUUGAAGCAGCGCUGGUUAUUCGUUUCUA